AUGAGCUCUGGUCCUGACAGGGAGCUCAGGCUGGCCCCCGUGUCCCCCGCCCACGCCCUGCUGCUCAGAGACACCUGGACGUUUGGGGAGAACAGCUGGAGCCUGCGCUACCUGAGCCGCCUGAUCCGCCACUUCCCCAGCGCCUGCCUGCUGGACCCUGAGGGGACCCCCAUCUCCUGGUGCCUCACCGACCCGCUGGCUGUCCUGACACACGGUUACACCCUCCCGGAGCAUCGUGGCCAGCACCACCUGCGGUCUGUGGUGGGGACGCUGGCAGCACAGUUGCAUGCCCGCGGCUUCCCUGUUUACACCGGGGUGCUGCCCCACAACGAGCCUUCGCUGCACGCCCUGCAACGCCUCGGCUUCCGCAUCCUGCCUGGGGUGUUCUACCUGCUGGUGGUGAGGCCCGGGUUCGCCCAGUCCCAGCCAGCCAGUAUGCCAUACCGGACCAGACCAGCUUACUUUCAUCUCUAA